AUGACACUUUCCCGCUACUAUGAUGUUUGCCUUCUAGCAGGUGAAAUUCCAGAGGAGAUAGGCAAUUUGCAAAAUCUUCAACAGCUAUUUCUAGGUUCCAAUAACUUAAGUGGUGCAAUUCCAGCUUCAAUCUUCAAUCUUUCAACCGCAAUUAGGAUUAGUCUAACUGGGAAUAACCUUUCAGGUUAUCUACCAUCAACCAUUGGCCAUGGAGUUCCCAACUUGAUGGAUCUUUACUUAGGGUCAAAUGAACUUACUGGAACAAUCCCCACCUCCAUCACCAAUGCUUCCAAGCUCGUUAAGCUAGAUCUGCCCUUCAACUCAUUUUCUGGGCUUGUUCCAAAUACAUUUUGCAACUUGAAAUUCCUCGAAUGGCUUAGUCUUGGGUCCAAUAACUUCACCACUGAAUCACCAACUGCAGAAUGGAGCUUUUUGCCUUCUUUGACAAAUUGCAGGAAACUAAAGGGUGUAAUCUUUGAUAAUAACCCACUGUAUGGCGUCAUACCACAUUCAAUCGGCAAUUUAUCUGCAACUCUUGAGUAUUUUUCUGCAAGAAAUUGCAAGAUCAAAGGCAGCAUUCCUACAGAGGUGGGUAACUUGCAUAGCUUGAUAUUAUUAGAUCUUUCCGAAAAUGACUUGAACGGAUUUAUUCCAACAACGAUGGGAAAUUUGCGGAAUCUCCAACGUCUAGAGAUAAAUAAGAAUAAUUUUUCGGGAUUCAUUCCUUACGAGCUUUGCAAAUUACACAUGAUAGGUGAACUGCAGUUAAAUGAUAAUAUGCUCUCAGGACCAAUACCAACAUGCAUGGCGAAUUUGACUUCUUUGAGAGAUCUACAGUUAGGUUCCAACAAAUUUACCUCUAGCAUACCCCCAUCAUUGUGGACUCUUCAGUUUAUCUUGCAGGUAAACUUGUCAUCGAAUUCAUUGAGUGGUUUUUUAUCUCUAGGCAUACAGAAUUUGAAGGUCUUGAGAAAUCUAGAUUUGUCAAAAAAUCUUUUGUCAGGAAACAUUCCCACCACCCUUGGGGGCCUUCAAUCUCUUGAAACUCUAUCUUUGGCAGACAAUGGAUUUGAAGGUGCCAUCCCCAACACAUUUGGGGCAUUGAUAAGCUUGGUAUCCUUAGAUCUCUCUAACAAUAGUCUUUCAGGUGAAAUUCCCAAAUCAUUAGAGGCCCUCACCUAUCUCAAGAACUUCAAUGUCUCUGUAAAUAAUUUACGAGGGAAGAUUCCCAACAAAGGUCCUUUCGAAACAUUCUCUGCUCAAUCAUUCUUGUUAAAUCAUGCAUUGUGCAGUUUGCCGAGGCAAGGGGUUCCUCUUUGCAAGGUUGACGCCAUCAAAGGUUCAAAAACACUAAUAAUGAAAUAUAUUUUGUCUUCAAUCCUGCCAGUUUUAAUGGCAAUGGUUGUAUCAUUUAUCUUCAUCAGGCAUUAUUAUAGAAGAAAACAUUCUUCAGUUAAUGGAGUUGAUUUGUUACCUUUAGCAACAUGGAGAAGAACAUCAUAUUUAGAAAUUCAACAAGCCACUGAUAAUUUUAGUGAAUGCAACUUGCUUGGUAUUGGCAGCUUUGGUUCAGUAUUCAAAGGGAUACUUUCAGAUGGAACUAUAGUUGCAAUAAAGGUCUUUAGUUUGCAAGUAGAAAGAGAACUUAGAAGCUUUGAUUCUGAAUGUGAAGUAUUACGCAACAUUCGUCAUCGAAAUCUCAUAAAAGUCUUGAGCAGUUGUUGUAACAUCGAUUUUAAGGCCUUGAUACUCGAAUUCAUGUCGAAUGGUAGUCUUGAGAAGUGGUUGUAUUCUCACAACUAUUUUCUGGAUAUGCUACAAAGGUUGAACAUAAUGAUAGAUGUUGCAUCAGCCCUUGAAUAUCUCCAUCAUGAUUAUUCAACACCAGUCAUCCAUUGUGAUUUGAAGCCUCAGAAUAUCUUAUUAGAUGAAGAUAUGGUUGCCCAUGUGAGUGAUUUCGGCAUUUCCAAGCUCUUAGAUGAAGGAGAUUCGAAGACACAAACCCUUACACUAGCAACUAUGGGGUAUAUGGCACCAGAGUAUGGAUCAAUGGGGAUUGUGUCCACAAGAGGAGAUGUCUACAGUUUUGGAAUUUUGUUGAUAGAAACUUUCACAAGAAAAAAGCCCACAGAUGAGAUGUUUGCUGGAGAAAUGAGCUUAAAGAACUUGGUGGAGGCAUCAUUGCCUGAUGCAGUUACAGAAGUUGUGGAUGCUAAUCUGUUAAGAGAUGAGAAUGGUUUUGUUGCCAAAGUGAAUUGCAUGUUAAGCAUCAUGAAUUUGGCUUUGAAUUGCUCCAGAUGCCUUGGCAAAACUCAAGAAGAUCAGAUUGCAAUUUCAGCGAGAUGUAAGAGGUCCCUAAAUAAAUGUUGUAAUAUACAGCAUUACUUCAACACAUUGAACCAAACGCACAGUUUUGAGAUGGCCUUUAAGCUUCCACUGAAGAUCAGUGCAUCUGUUUUGUGGCGUCGGCAUAUGCUGCAACUGCAGCAUCUGGGGUCAUGCUUUGGUAAUGAGAAGGCAACCGAGCAGCUUGUUGUGAUGCAUAGUAAACUUGUUCACGAGCAGGAUUUGCGUUCUCAUAGCCAUUCUUCUGAGCCUCAUCGUGAACACGAAUCGGUUAGUUUGCCGAGUUUAAUUUUUCUUCAUGCUUCUUUGAGUAGUGAUUGCUGCGACUUUAGAAGGAGAAUUCUGGAUAGGCGGUGCACAUGUUUUUGGAUUCUUAAAGAGGCAGCUGCAACCUGUACAAGGCUGGGGCAAAAUUGUGGAAUCUUGUAG